UUGAAGUUGGAUUUGAUAAAAGAAGUGUUUGAUCCAGACUAAUCCCAUCUAACCUCAGAUUUCUUCAAAUGAGAGUCCACGAAACUUUAAUGUGGCGACGGAGCUCUGAAUAAUACCCGAGCCAUGUGGACGGUAGAGUGCACUCUGCGCACGGGGCCAUAUAAUUAUAAACUGAACCUCACAGGCCGCAGCUACUAGGCUAUUAACAUUACCAGCGCGUGGCUACAGUCUCCUGGAUCGAGACCAGAGCGAAGAGAUAUAGAGAGAGAGAGAUCUACUUCUUUCUCAGUCAUCUCCCAUGGCUCCAAAACCGAUCACGAGCCCCGUGCCUGACUCAUGGUAUCCAACCCUAUCCGUCUCUAUGCUUGCGAUUGGCCUCGUGAUCACUGCUUCCUUCUUCAUCUAUGAAGCAACCUCAUCUAAGCGAAAUCGCAGUCUUGCCAAGGAGCUUACAACAGGAGCAUUGGCAUCUUUCUUUCUGGGUUUCGGGUCCUUGUUCCUGCUGCUUGCUUCUGGUAUUUAUGUUUAGGGUCUUAUUGUCGAACCAAUGGAAGUUUUGCUCUUAUUGUUGAACCAAUUGAUUUUUGAUAAACAAGUCAGAUGAUAUGGCUGACAUUGUUGAGUUAAAUAGGUUUGUGUUUCUUGGUUAAUGAGCAGUGGAAUCUAAAUAUCUAAUGGUUACAACAA